CAUCGACGAGAAUGGAACGAAAGGACUGCUCUUCCUUCGCUUUACGUUUGAUUUUAGCUCAGUUUAAUUUGAGAAAACACUCUUAGCUAGCCUGACUGUUUACAUCAAAGAAUAAUACACAGUCUAUGCAGCAGUUUGACCGUUAAAACGGUUUGUAGAGGAGUUGUAACCCGUAGCAACUGCUGUUGGACCUUUCAUUCAUAAAUAUGAUGGAGGAUUUCUCUGGUUUGGCUUUGCCUCCUCUGUUCGGUGGACACAUCCUGGAGGCAGAGCUGGAGCCUGGUGGCGUGGAGCUGGGACCAGGGGAGGUGGAGCUGGGCCCGGGAGGCAGUGAGCUGCUGGAGGGGACAGAGCAGGACGAUGAAGAGAGGAGAGCCCUUGAUAAGAGGAAAUAUCUGGCUCUGAAUAGGAGAUGUAAAGACAUUGAACAGGUGAAUCAGAAGAUUCUUGGUCGCCUUCAUCAAGUACAAAGAAUAACACGACGCUUGAAGAAGGAGAGACGGUUCCUCAUGAAGACUUUAGAUGCUCAUGGGGACGACUACAGGAACGCCCAGCUCACUAUACUUCUAGAGGAUGAGCCUGGAGUCCAUUUAGACCCUGCUGCAGGAGUGAAGGAUGACCGGCCUAACGGUGUGUCAGGUUCCUCCUCGUCUGCUGCGUUGCCUCAUGCUGCGCUGCCAAAGAGGAAAAGACACAGAAUACCACGGCAAGAAAAAGAUAAAGACCAACAGACUGAAGCAGACAUGUCAGUGUUGGCAGAGAAUCAGUUUGGAGAAAUGCCCAGCCCGACCUCUCUGUCUCACUGAUCAUUGAACUGUGGCCCUGAUGAUGACGAUGAUGAUGAUGAUGAUGCAGAAGGAGCACACCGUUUCAUUAACUCUUCAGUAGAAACGCUGCCUCUCCGCCGGGUUUUGCACUGUUUUAGUUUAUCUUUAACAUUGUGAUCCGAUUGUACCAUUGUAAGAUAAAACGAUAUGUUGUACACUUGGUACAAGUAUUCAUUUGUUUUGUAUAUUUUAUUUUCCGUAGAAAUAUUUUGUACUUUUAUUUGAUAACGAUGCAUAAUUAUGACCAUUGGCCAACUGCACACUGUAAUACAUGGGGCUGUUUGUUAAUUAUUUGAUAAACUAGAUACAUUUAUAUUAGAGUUACAAAGUUGUGUUUAUUAAUAGAUUUCCCAAUUGAUUCCCUGGAUAAUGUCAUUGAUAUUAUGGUUCAUGAUUUUAUUUCAGAACCUGUUGAAAUAAAUGACUAUUUGGCAAUUGGACUGUAUGUUUUUCAU